AUGGACGAUGGUGGCAGUGCCAUGGAGCAUGGCCGCACAACUUCGAUGCCGGGGCAGGUGGGCUCGGGCGUUGAACGGCUCCAUGGGAGCAGCAGCAUGCGGCGCAUCCAGUCGGGCUUGGGCAGUGCCCCGGCGCCGGACGCACGCGCUGGUUUCCGGCAAGCUGGACAUGGUGAUGGAAGUGCACCCUAUGUUAAUAGGGUGAGCAUCGAUGAAGCUAGAAGGAGGGAAAAUGUCAACCCCGACAACGAAGAUAACAUUCUGAUGGGGAAUGGUUCAGCUCCAAGAGAGACAACUUGGAAAGGGCUUGUAAGCAAUGACAUCUAUUAUAUUUGGAACCAUGGCCCCAAGUUUGGUGGGGGAUUUGAUUGUCGGUACUGCCCUCUAAUCACUAGAGGGGGAGGUGCAACCCGCUUUAGGGAGCACCUUGGAGGUAUACCAGGUGAUGUGAGGGAGUGUCCUAAUGUUCCAAGAAAUAUUCGUGCUGCAAUGAGGGAAUCCCGGGAUGACUCAAUGCGGAGGAAGAGGGAAAAGAAAAAUCGCAGAUUUCGUUUGGAAAGGGAUAUCAUGGAAGGGUUGUACCAUGGAGAAGGGGUGAUAAAUAUUGAAGAUGACGAGGAAGAGAUUCAGGCCGCACUUCAGGAGACACUAAGAGACAAGAAUGUCUCUCACGCAGUUGAGAGGAGGCGUGGGAGUGGCAGUGGUGUUCGUGUGUCUCUUGGGAAACAGAGUAUCACAACAUACUUUGACAAGGAAUUGUCAAGCAACAAAGUAUCAACGCAGCCAAAGAUCAACACUGCUUUGAAUGUUGAGUCAAAAGAUGUACUUGGCCAAGCUUGGGAAAAGUUUUUUCAUGCUAAUGACAUUGCUGGUCUGAAAGCAAAUUGUCCCUAUUUUCGUGCGGCUGUCAAGAUAACUCAAAACCUUGGCCCAGCUCCUGUUCCAACUGCCAAGGAGAUUGAUGGGAUAUAUUUGGACAAGAAUUAUGAAGAAGCUGAGCAGUGGUUGAACAUGUUCAAGCAAGACUGGAGGAACUAUGGUGUAACUGUGAUGUGUGACUCAUGGACAGGGCCUACUGGUAUGAGUCUCAUCAAUUUCAUGGUGUAUUGCAAUGCACGGAUGUUCUUUCAUAAAUCCAUUGAUGCUUCUGGUCAAACUCAGACUGCAGCACUUACAGGGAAUGUCGUGGGAGGUUUGGCUCAAGGUUGGCACGUUCCUCUACAGAGAAAAUGUCACCAACUGAGUGGUGGUUCCAAUUUGGAGGGGAAGUUCCUAAUCUGCAGAAGUGUGCCUUGAGGAUUGUAUCACAAUGCGUUUCGUCAAGUGGCUGUGAGAGGAAUUGGAGCGCUUUUGCUUUGGUCCACACGAAGCAAAGAAACCGUCUUCUAUAUGGCAAGCUGCACAAGCUUGUAUCUGUG